AAUAACAUUGUGUUUUGGAUGACGAUAUCGUCAUAGACUUAAAUAUGGCUUUCGCUCUCCUGUACUCUCAUUUCUCUCUCUGAGAAGACGACACACUGAGUUGCACUCAGGACAUCUAACUAUUAAACUGUUACUGUUUAAAGGGAUCAUCUACAAUUCCAUAGAAAAUCCUAUCAGAAGAUCCUACUAUGAGUAAACCAAAGACAUUAAAUGAAUUGAGGCAUCUGGAGGAGUCUGGAUUUGGUCAACGUUAUCCAAGACACGGCCUCAAGCUGCUUUACUGGUUUGCUUAUGAAUCUCUGUAUUUUGAUGACUAUGAUAAAAUGCGCUGGAUGUACGACCCAGAGGAAGGAGAUUUUGAUUUCCACCUGUUCAGAAACAGAAUUGAGAAAAACGGUGAGAGACUCCUGCCUGAUGUGGACCUUUGCUACUACGAGGUGGGCAAUCUGAGCAGACCAGAAGCAUACAACCUGCCAGAUUACGUUCUGGAAGAUUACAACGAAGACCCUGAUGACAGUGAGAGCAACAUGGAGCGCAUCAUAUUCAGUGUUGAUGAUGAGUGUAUUGACAGAGUCUAUGUGACUGAGCACAGUGAUCAGGCAGAUUUCAACAAGGAAGCCACCUUUGGCAUCAGCAGGGGUCUGAUUAUGAUUAUCAAGCAGCUAACUUUAGAGGACUUCCUUGAAAAAACUGGGUAUUCUCCGGAAGAAGACUCUGAUGAAAGUUCUACAGACGAUGAACACGACGAUGACGACGAUAAUGAUGACGAUGAUGAUGAUGAUGAUGAUGAUGAUGAUGAUGAUGAUGACGAUGACAACGAUGACGACGAUGACAAUUGAUUGUGACUAUGUUGA